AGUCAACGUUCAGUUCGCUCCAAGGCACAAAUAUAAAAUUAAGUUUGAAAAUAUCGUUGUUUUCAAUUGCACAGUCUCGUCGCGAUCGUUCAUCAAAGCGUUUGUCACCCAAAUAAUUCGCGCUUCUCAAUAAAAAAAUAAAAUAUAUAUAUAUAUAUAUAUUAACUUUAAAAACCAUUAAAGUGCGGUGACAAUUAAAAGUAAAUUAAUGUAAAUUAAAAUAAUAAUUUCUGCUAGUUUUUUAAGUGAGCAGCGAAUUUCCAUAGGCUUCCCCAAUUAUUUGGCGUUCGAGCUAGAAGCAUGCAUAAGUAAAUUUGGCGGCUUAAAAUAAAAAAAAAUAAAUAAAUAAAAUACCAAAAUCAAUAGCCCGUUUAAUUGUUUUCACAAUACUAUAAAUAUAUUUGCCUUUUUGCAAACAUAAGUAGUUAAAUACCAACAAUUGAAACGCAAUGAAUGCCAUCGAUAUUCUUUUAGAUCGCGUACGUGGCCACCAAAGAGCGCCAUCUGACUCAAAAGAAUUCCAUGAGGUGACCAAGCGCGAUGCACUCAAAUCGCUCGAAAAUGAUUUGGAUCGGUUGUUGCGCACUGCGCCAGCGGAAAAGCGCCCCGAGUUGCAAAAGGAAAUGGUGCGUUUCGCCGAUUUGUUUGGACGCUUUCUGCAAGAAGAGGGUCCUUCUAUUGAUUGGGACAAAAUUCAGAAGUUGCCUGCGAACGCCGUCAUGGAUUACUCCAAUCUGAGUUCGCCUAAAAAUGAGCAGAACGAGCAGAUUCGCACAAUGUUAGACAAAUUGGUUGUCGUAAAGCUGAAUGGUGGUCUGGGUACAUCUAUGGGUUGCCAUGGUCCUAAGAGUGUCAUACCCGUGCGCUCCGAUCUAACGUUCCUCGAUUUAACUGUGCAACAAAUUGAGCAUUUGAAUAAAACAUACGAUGCCAAUGUACCGCUGGUGCUUAUGAAUUCAUUCAACACCGAUGAAGAUACACAAAAAAUCAUUCGCAAAUAUACCGGCUUUCGUGUUCAAAUUCACACAUUUAAUCAGAGCUGUUUUCCGCGCAUCAGCCGUGAAUCCUUCUUGCCAGUUGCCAAAGAUCUCGAGGUGGAGAAAGAUAUUGAUGCCUGGUAUCCACCCGGUCACGGUGACUUCUACGAUACCUUCCGCAAUUCUGGUCUGCUAAAGAAGUUUAUCGACGAAGGCCGUGAAUAUUGUUUCCUUUCCAAUAUUGAUAACCUGGGCGCUACCGUGGACUUGGCCAUACUCAAUAAAUUGCUGGGUGAGGAACGUUCCGCACAACCUGUCGAAUUUGUGAUGGAAGUCACUGACAAAACACGUGCUGAUGUCAAGGGUGGUACUCUCAUUAACUUGGAAAACAAACUACGUUUGCUGGAAAUCGCACAAGUGCCAAAAGAACAUGUCGACGACUUCAAAUCAGUAAAAACAUUUAAAUUCUUCAACACCAAUAACAUCUGGGCGAAAUUGGAUGCUAUCGAUCGUGUACUCCGCGAGCGCACGCUCAAAAUGGAGAUCAUUGUCAACAACAAAACAAUGGAGAAUGGUGUACGCGUAGUGCAACUGGAAACAGCCGUUGGUGCUGCCAUGAAGUGUUUUGAUGGCGCCAUCGGCAUCAAUGUGCCACGUUCACGUUUCUUGCCAGUGAAAAAGACUUCGGAUUUGUUGUUAGUCAUGUCAAAUCUGUAUCACCUGAAAAACGGCAGUCUCGCCAUGUCACCACAACGCAUGUUCCCCACCACACCGCUUGUUAAGUUGGGCGAAAAUCACUUCUCAAAGGUGAAAGAGUUCCUUGGCCGCUUCGCCAACAUACCCGAUAUUAUUGAGCUUGAUCAUUUGACGGUGUCCGGCGAUGUGACAUUUGGUCGCGGUGUGUCGCUUAGGGGUACUGUUAUUAUUAUUGCUAAUCAUGGUGAUCGUAUUGAUAUACCAGCUGGUGCCAUUCUGGACAAUAAGAUCGUCUCCGGUAAUAUGCGUAUUUUGGAUCAUUAAAAAAAAGUUGCAGAUCGCCGAUGCUGUCCAAAAAACGCAAAGACUUCCUUAUGAAAUAAAUCAGGAAUUAUUACGUAGAGUAGUCAGUUGCAUAUUUUUAUAAGUGAAAAAGUUCAGGUGAAAACAAA